AUGGACCUUUCCUCAAGCACUGUGCUCAUCCUUCUCCUGUUCUGCUGCUGCUGCCGCAGCACACAUGAUCCUUCUUAUUGUUCUGCGGAGAUCGUUGUGCCCAACGGUGGACCAUGGGGCUACUGGGGAACUGUAGAGCGUUGUCCAAGUGGUUAUGCUAUUGGCUUCUCACUGAAGAUAGAGCCGUAUCAAGGAAGCCAUGUUGACAAUGAUGACACGUCUCUGAAUGGCAUCCGUCUGAUAUGCUCUGAUGGUGCAUUUAUUUCAUCCACUGUUUCAAAGUGGGGUACUUGGUCUGGGCGCUACUAUUGCCCAAGAAGUGGCAAAAUGGUGGCCUUCUCUCUGAGAGUGGAAGUACCCCAGGGGCUUGGGGAUGAUACGGCAGCCAACAACAUCAAAUUCCUCUGUGAAGAUCAGGAAGAACUGGUCGGCAACUCACAUGAAUGGGGUAAAUUUGGCCCAUGGAGUACAGAGUGCCAUUAUGGGAUAUGCGGGAUACAGACAAGGGUGGAGGCAGAGCAAGGGCCAAAUGAUGACACUGCACUUAAUGAUGUGGUAUUCUGCUGCUGUUAA